GCACAUUCACUAUUCGACUCUUCGCAUUCACAACCUAACCUACACCCAAACACCUCUCUCUCUCUCUCUCUCUCUCUCUCUAACCUUCUUUGCCGCACUUCUCCAAUGGCCACCGACACACAGAAGCCCAGCGAUCCCAUCACCGCCUUAGAAGCCCCUAAGAAAACCCUAGAACCCUCCGCGGCCCCACCCACGGCCACAAUUCCGGAUCGACCCGAUAACCCGUCCGCUGACACUCCAUCUGAUCCACCUCCGUCGUCCGAGGUUGCCUCCAAAGAAAACGGGUCCAAGGCUGACUCUGAGGAUCCCAAGACUGACUCUGCCACCGGUGACGCGGCUGCUCCGGCUACCGCCAUUGAGAAGAAGUUGCGCCGUGCCGAGCGGUUUGGGAUAUCCGUGCAGCUCACAGAAAAAGAGAAGCGCAACUCUCGCGCUGAGAGGUUUGGUACUGUUUCUACAUCACACGGAUCCGAAGCAUCUAAGAAAUCAGAGGACUUGAAGAGGAAGGCUAGAGCAGAGAGGUUUGGGCUUCCUGGCCCUGCUGUGGUGGGUGAUGAGGAUGCAAAGAAGAAGGCUCGUCUUGCUCGGUUUGCUCCUAAUGCCAAACCAGAUGCUAAAACUGAUCCUCAGGAAGAAGAAAAAAGAAAGGCGAGGGCUCUCAGGUUUUCAAACACCUCGAAAGGUUCUCUUACUCAAGUGAAUGAUAAGGGUAAUGUUGAGCAGAAGGCAGCCAUAGCAGGCAGCGCUGGUGGAGAGGUUUGAAGAGAAGUUUCAUUUCUUAGUAGUAUAGGAUUCUAACAUUUUGUCGUUCCCUCAGAGCCGUCCGUACCCAUAGAUAUCUCUGAUUGCAUGGAUUAUCAGGUGGAGUAUUUUUCCAAUGGUCAAUAGGUAUCUUCGACAAGUUGCUGAACUCAAUUUGGCAGUGUAGGGGAGUGUUAUUUCAUGCUUGGUUUGGGCUCCUUUCUCAAAUUUCCUGGUGAGGCUUUCAAUAAUCAACAAUUACCUACUUAGUGUUAACCUACCCUGCAAUUUUACCAAGAAUGUCAGAAAUUCAGUAUUUACAAUCUAGGGAAAUUUAGUACUAGAGGAUGCUUUAGUGGCAACUUUUGGUUGGUCACUUAUCCAACUGAUGUAUGACACAAAGAUAAUAUCUUGUAAUUGUUUAGCUUGCAUAAGCAUGAUGCAGUGUUGAACAGCAGUAAUAUGAGUUUGGUUUGCUAAGUCUA